UUCCCCGUCCAGAAGUUCUUCUCGAGAGCGCGAGCGAGCGAGCGAGCGAGCGAGAGCGAUGUCGUGCCUGGCGUCGUGCUGCGCGGCGGCGACGUGCGGCCUGUGCUCGUCGGUGGCCGGCGGGAUCUCCAAGCGGUCGGCGAGGCUCGCCUACUGCGGCCUCUUCGGCCUCUCCCUCAUCGUCUCCUGGGUCCUCCGGGAAGUCGGCGCUCCCCUGCUCGAGAAAAUCUCCUGGAUUAAUACCGGUUCGCAUACGAAAGCAUGGUUCCAAGCACAAGCAGUUCUCCGGGUGAGCUUGGGGAAUUUCCUUUUCUUCGCGGUCCUCGCGCUCAUCAUGAUCGGGGUGAAAGACCAGAACGACAGGCGUGAUUCGUGGCACCACGGCGGAUGGAUUGCGAAGAUGAUUAUCUGGCUCUUGCUCGUCGUCCUCAUGUUUUUCCUGCCAAACGAGGUCAUCACGAUUUAUGAAACUAUAUCGAAAUUUGGAGCAGGACUGUUUCUGUUGGUUCAAGUAAUUAUCCUGCUAGACUUUACUCAUUCGUGGAAUGAUGCAUGGGUUGCAAAAGAUGAACAGAAAUGGUAUGUUGCUUUGCUGGUGAUAUCAGUUGGGUGCUAUAUUGCAGCCUACACUCUCUCUGGGAUUUUGUUCAUAUGGUUUAAUCCUUCUGGUGAGGACUGUGGCCUCAAUGUCUUCUUCCUUGUUAUGACAAUGAUCCUAGGCUUUGUAAAUGGAAUUGUUGCACUUCACCCUGCGGUAAAUGGCAGCCUCUUGCCUGCUUCGGUGGUAUCAGUUUAUUGCGCUUAUGUGUGCUACACUGCUCUCUCUUGUGAGCCGCGAAAUUAUGUUUGCAAUGGUCUACAUAAGUCCAAAGCAGUCUCCACCAGCACCCUCAUUCUUGGAAUGCUUACAACAGUUCUUUCUGUGUUAUAUUCCGCUUGCCGCGCUGGAUCAUCAACGACAUUCUUGUCCCCUCCGUCUUCCCCCAAGUCAGGCACAAAAAAGCCUCUUCUUGAAGGAGAUGAUGUCGAAGAAGGCAAAGAUAAGAAGGAUAAGAAGGAAGCAGAACCACAGCCAGUUACUUAUUCCUAUUCAUUCUUCCACCUGAUUUUUGCUCUGGCUAGUAUGUACUCAGCUAUGCUUCUUUCAGACUGGACCAGCUCUUCUGAUAGCUCGGAUCUGGUCGAUGUGGGUUGGACAUCUGUUUGGGUCCGCAUUUGUACGGAGUGGGUCACAUCUGGUCUCUACAUCUGGACCCUCGUGGCCCCGUUGAUUCUUCCUGAUCGCGAGUUCUUUUGAGUUUCCUGUUAUUGAAGUUUACUUGUGUAACUGGAAUUGGCUAAGCGAGAAGGAUCGAGGACCUUGGGGUGGAUUAGGACAGUAUUUAGCGACUUGAUGGAAGCCUAGAUCUGCCUGCUUUUGUUCUCUCUUUUAUUUGUAUCUGUAUCUUUUUCCAGUUUUACAGUCUUUCCCGCAAGAUUUGGUUCGCACCGAGUUAUCAUGUGGCGGAAACAGAACAAACAAAGGUAUAGUAGAUAUGUGGCUGAUUGUUGUACUUAUGAGGAGGAGAGGAUAUGACAUAAAUCUGCUCGAUGCUGAUGUAUGCGGGGUUCUAUUUCAAUUUCUCUUGAUCAGUUCAAUGUAAAUAUUCCCAAUAGUUUCCUGA